AUGGCGUCUCGAAAGACGCAACAAGAGAUUGAGAAGACCUUCAAAAAGGUCGCCGAAGGCAUCCAAACGUUCGAAGGCAUCUACGAGAAGAUCCGAUCCGCCACAAAUCCUACGCAACGUGAUAAACUCGAGGAAAACUUGAAGCGCGAGAUCAAGAAGCUCCAACGGUUUCGUGACCAGAUCAAAUCAUGGGCGGCAGGCAAUGAGGUGAAGGACAAGGCUCCGCUGCUGGAGCAGCGGAAGGCCAUUGAGACUUGCAUGGAGCAGUUCAAGGCCGUCGAGAAGGAGAUGAAGACCAAGGCCUACUCUAAAGAGGGUCUAUCAGCAGCAUCACGGCUCGACCCGAAAGAGAAAGAGAAGGUGGAGUCCUGCGAUUUCCUUUCUUCGAUGGUGGACGAACUGCAGCAGAAAAUCGAGGCCAUGGAGGCCGAAGAGGAAGUGUUACAAGCGCAGAUGAAAAAGGGCAAGAAGGAUACCGGCAAGGCGAAUCGAAUGGCCGAUAUCUCUCGCGUCACAGAACGGCAUAAGUGGCAUGUCAACAAGCUCGAAUUUCUCCUCCGAUCCCUUCAAAAUGGCAACCUCGAAGUGGGCGCCGUGCAAGACCUCAAGGAAAGCAUUAAGUACUACGUUGAGGAAGGGCAUAACCCUGAUUACUCUGGGGAAGACGAGACACUGUACGAUGACUUGAACAUUGGGGAGGAUGUGGAGGCGCAAUUCGGAAUGGGCGCCGACGAGCCCCCGUCAUCGCAAGAUGCCCAGUCGAUACAGGACGAGGAACCGGAGCCUAAGCCUAAGCCAAAGGCCGAUGCCACCUCGACCCGUCGACCGUCUGCUCAAAUGAAGUCCCCUCUCCCUGUUCUCGCGACCCUCCACCCCGCUACCUCCUCCAGUGGUGCCCCGGGCAUGAAACCAGCACCACUCCCUACCCGACUGCCUGGUGAGACGUUGAAGUAUGCCUCUGCGGCGGCAUCUGCUGCUGCUGCUGACAAAAAUGGCGUGGGUAUCCUGCCCUUGCCGCCACCCCCGGGUGCCAGCCCGGCCUUCUCGCCUGUCAUUCCGGCCGGCAAGGCCUCCUCUACAGCGUCGCCAAGCGUCGCAUCAGUCCAGCCCGUGUCGUCGAAGGCAGCAUCAACCGUGGCCACGGCUACAUCGAGUGAGGAACCCGUUGCUACUACUGGGCGGUCAAAAACUCCCGGUGGCCCCGCUGUCUCGGGCACAUCGUCACCCGCACCGGCCGAGAAGACGGAGAGCACCAAGGAUACAGCCACCAGCAAUGGCCCGACUACGAAGGAAAAGGGUGAUGACGCGGAGCCAAUUUACCACCUGCCACCUGGUUUGCAAGAAUUGGCCCAAUCUUUCGAACUGACCAAGCAGCGCUCCACGAUUAAUUCUACACCCGCAGUGCAGCGUUUACUCGCCACAUCACUUACCACCUGUCCCGAGCCCGGUGACGCGGAAAAGCCUCGUCAUUACAAGCCGCAAAAUCCCUACAACACGCCCCUCUACUACCCCCAGGAGCCCCUUCCCAUCUUCGACGACCCGCGGCUGUACGAAACCGGGCGGAUCGACACGGACACGCUGUUCUAUCUCUUCUACUACUGCCAAGGCACAUAUCAGCAGUAUCUCGCGGCCAAGGCGCUCAAGAACCAGAGCUGGCGUUUCCACAAGCAGUAUCAGACCUGGUUCCAGCGACAUGAAGAGCCAAAGACGAUCACCGAGGAAUUCGAACAAGGCACCUACCGCUUUUUCGAUUAUGAGAGUACAUGGUCAGUUCAACUUGCUUCCCCCCACAAUGUUGGCGUGCCCUCGGACUACGUACUAAGUGCCUUGCCCAAAAGGAUGAAUCGACGUAAGGCGGAAUUCAAGUUCGUGUACAAAUACCUCGAGGAUGAGCUCUGA